CCAAGUGGAUGUCGGCAGUUAAAUACUUCUCUGAAGAAGAAGAAGACGCAACAACAUCGACAGCAGCAGAAGAAUAGCUAACGCUACUCGCUGGUCAGAAGUAUCGUCUUUCUCCACCGUGCUUGCGUGGCUUCAGAUGUAUAUGGAUCAACGUGUGUAAUACAAUGGAGACCUGCAAUUAUGCCACAGCCCAGAAUGAUGCUGGUGGUGACUGGAGAUGAUUUUGGUUACUGUCCAAGGAGGAACCAGGGAAUUGUGGACUGUUUCCAGGCUGGAGGCAUUUCCAAUGUAUCGCUGCUGGUUAACACCACUGCUGCAAAAGAGGCAGCUGAUCUAGCUAAACGACACAACAUACCUAUUGGCCUCCAUGCCAACCUGUCAGAGGGCAUUCCAGUAUGUCAGAGUGUCCAGCAGGCGUCCACUCUGAUAAACCACCAUGGCUUCUUUCAUGGGAAGAUGGGCUUUCGUCAGGCCCUGGAGAGAGGUCAGCUCAGCAUGAAACAGGUGGAGCUGGAAUUGAGUGCCCAGGUCAGACAAUUCAGGGAACUUACAGGUCACCUGCCACAUCACAUGGACGGACACCAGCACAUCCAUGUACUGCCAGAGGUGCGUGAGGUGUUUGCACAGGUGCUGUCAGAUUUCAGCAUUCCAUACACUCGUGUUCCAGUGGAGCCAGGUUUACACAGCUGCCCGUGGCUACCAGUGCACCUUCAAAGAUUCUGUACACAGGUGGAGAAGGACGCCUUGGACUCCAUCCCUGUCUUCACACGCUAUGGAAUCAGGUGGCCAGAUGUGUACCUGGGACUGACCACAAUGGGUCAGAACAUGUCUGUCCCCAACCUGCAGAGGGCCCUCAGCCAUGCUUUGGCUGCCGGGCAUUCAGGCACUCCCUCCAGCAGUGCAUCAGGUUCAAAUCAAUCUGUGGUCACAGCAGAGCUCAUGGUUCACCCAGGUUACCCCAGUCACCCAGAGGAAGGAGGCUGUGGAGAGGGUCCUGAUGAUUUCUCCCAGUCAGCUGACAGACAGCAUGAGCUGAACGUACUUAGAGAACCAUCCCUGCUGGCCCUCUAUAGUCAGGAAAGAGUGCAGCUCUGUGCAUUCAAAGACCUCUGACUACUGUUGUCUAAGAAUCUAAUAUAAACGCUACACUACUGCAGAGAGCAAGUGGAAAACCUUAUCUUCCAGGUUCUGUUCUAGUGUUAAAAAACACUUAUUUCAGAGACAAAUUGACAUUUGCUAGAAAUCGGCAUAAUCCUAUAAAUGUAAUUUGCAGCAUGUUUAAUGAAUACGGUUAAACCCCAAGGCAGUCCAAGGUUCACAGUAAGAAGCAUAUGGAUUGAGAGCUAUGAAUUAAGUUGUCUCUCUAGUCUCUUCUCUUGUGAGAAAGCCAGUUCCCUAGUAUAAAAAGUUGUUCACAUUUUGUUGUCUUGAUAUUUCGGUUAGCUGAUUUUACCUUCAAUAGGAGACUGCACUGAGGUGGAGAAGUUACCCAGGGAGUACCAUCAGCCAUUUACAACCUCUGAGUAAAUGUGACUCGAGCACAGAAGCACUUCCAAAACUAAACUUGCCUACAAAAUGGAAUGUAUUGUUCUAAGGUGUUUGUUAAAGUUUGGAUGUUUAAAUGGUUUUGUAUUUAUAUAGUGCUUUUCUAGUCUUGAUGACCUCUCAAAUCUCUUUACAGUACGGUUUUACAUUCACACACACAUUCAUACAGUGCAUCUAUUAGCAGCACUUUGUGUUUCCAUGAGGGGCAAUUCGGGGUUCAGCAUCUUGCCCAAGGACACUUCGGCAUGCAGAUGGGUCAGACUGGGGAUCGAACUGCCGACCUUCAGGUUGGAGGACGAACGCUCUACCCCUCAGCCACUUUAAGACAAAGUUAGUUUUUUUAUGCAAGCCAUACCGAGUGCUGCUACACACUACUCUGAUACAAUUUAUUGCACUACCUGCAUGCCCUCAGUUGCACAUAUCAAUGACAACUUUCUGUAGUGUGGUUGUGGCCAUUAUUAUAUGCUGUGCUUAGCCAAUACAGGGUAGAAGUAAAUGGCUGAGAUCUGGGAACACAGUGGUACAAUACGGUCCUUUGAGUAUUCAAAUAAGUCCAGGUAAUAUACAAAUAUGAGCAGUCAGAUGAUCAGGCAUGCCGGUGAGACAACUUCAUCAUCCUUAAUUUUAUUGAUCCAUCAUCUGCUUCAUCCUUGACCUGCUUUACUCACUGUAGCUGUGAACACACAGUUCUUUGGGCAAUGGUGGAUUGUUAGAGAGGGGUACACUCACAUAAAGUGGUUAAGUUAGAUUUGAAUAAACCCUUGGUUUGUGUUGA